UUCUUCUCUCUUCAGACCAUCCAGGAAGUGGGUGGCUACGUUCUGAUCGCCAUGAACGAGGCCGCCGACAUCCCGCUGGUCAAUCUGAAGCUGAUCCGAGGCCAGAACCUCUACGAAAACCAGUUCGCUCUGCUGGUGAUGUCCAACUACAACCGGAACCACUCGUCUGCUACGCUCAACUACACCAGCGGGCUGAGACAGCUGAGGCUCAGCAGUCUGACAGAGAUCCUGAAAGGAGGCGUAAAGAUGACCCACAAUCCUUUGCUGUGCAACACUGAGACCAUCCAGUGGUGGGACAUCCUGGACAAGGACAGCAGUUCCAGCGUGCUUCUCAAGACGGACCCAUUCACGCGUAGAUGUGAGACGUGUGACCCGACGUGUGUUAACGGCUCGUGUUGGGCAGCAGGACCGGAUCACUGCCAGAGAUUCACUAAGCUGCAGUGUGCGGAGCAGUGCAGCAGAAGGUGUCGCGGCCCCAAACCCAGCGACUGCUGUAAUGAACACUGUGCGGCCGGCUGCUCUGGACCUCGAGCCACCGACUGCCUGGCCUGCAGGGAUUUGAAUGACGACGGCACCUGUAAAGACGCUUGUCCACCUCUGACACUCUACGACCCAAAGACCCACCAGGUGGUCAACAACCCCAACUCCAAGUUCACCUUCGGGGCGACCUGCGUCAAGGCCUGCCCACAUAACUACGUGGUGGCAGGUGGAUCAUGUGUUCGUACCUGCAGCGCUGGGAUGUACGAGGUGGAGGAGAACGGAGUCCAGCGCUGUAAAGACUGCGAUGGUCCCUGUCCCAAAGUCUGUGACGGAGUCGGGGUUGGCGCUCUGAUCAACACCAUAGCCGUCAACGCCUCUAACAUUGAGUCCUUCAGGAACUGCACUAAGAUCAUCGGGGACGUCUCCCUGAUCGCAACCUCCUUCACUGGGGACCCGCACUAUAAAGUCCCGCCCAUGGACCCGGCUAAACUGGAGUACUUCAGAACGGUGAAGGAAAUCACAGGCUUCUUGAUGAUCCAGUCCUGGCCGGAGAAUCUGACCUCUCUGUCAGUGUUUGAGAAUCUGGAGAUUAUCAGAGGAAGAACAACUCACGCUCACUACAGUUUGUUGGUGGUGUGGGCGAAGAACCUCCUCUGGCUGGGUCUGCGCUCUCUGAAGGAGGUGAGUGCCGGUCGAGUGUUGAUAAAGAACAACUCUCAGCUCUGCUACAUCCGACCCGACCAGUGGACCCGCCUCUCCAGAUCCAGGGACCAGACUUCCAUCAUGCAGAACAACGCUCCCCCAGACGUCUGCGAACGACAGAAUCGAACCUGUGACCUGGAGUGUACGGACGAGGGCUGCUGGGGUCCAGGUCCCACCAUGUGUGUCUCCUGUCGCCAUUUCAACCGUAGGGGGCGCUGUGUGGCGCUCUGCCACCUGCUGCAGGGCGAGCCCAGAGAGGUGGAGGUGAACAGCAGCUGUGUGGCGUGUCACCCAGAGUGUCUGCUGAAGACCAGGACCCCGACCUGCCGAGGACCGGGUCCAGACCAGUGCUCCCAGUGCGCCCACUUUAAAGACGGCCCCCACUGCGUGCAGCGCUGCCCCCACGGUGUGCUGGGAGACGGAGACACGCUGAUCUGGAAGUACGCCGACAGGACAGGCCAGUGCCAGGCCUGCCACCAGAACUGCACCCAGGGGUGUUCAGGUGCUGGACUGUCAGGAUGCACCAGUGUGGCCACGCUGGCGGUGGCCGUGGUCGGCGGGCUCUUGAUCGCGGUCAUCGUGUCGCUGGUUAUCUUUGUGUUGCUGCGGCGUCGACGAAUCAGGAGGAAGAGGACGAUGCGCCGCCUGCUGCAGGAGAGAGAGCUGGUGGAGCCGUUGGCUCCGAGCGGUGAAGCUCCUAAUCAGGCGCUGCUGAGGAUCCUGAAGGAGACGGAGUUGAAGAAAAUCCGGGUGCUCGGCUCCGGGGCCUUCGGGACCGUCUUCAAGGUGAGAAGCUUUUGAUCAAACAACACUUCAUGGUGCUUGUACUGAAGAUGUGUAGUAGGGAUGGAAAUGUCCACUUUGGUCCAGACAGAAACAUCUCAACAACUAUUGGACGUCAUUGAAUGAUGUAAAAAACAAACAUUCAUGGUCCCCAGAGGAUGAACCCCACUGACUUUGUUGAUCCUCUGACAUCUUAGCGCCAUCAUCAGGUCAACAUGUUAACGUGUCCAACACUUUGGUUCAUCACCAAACACCUGCAGAAUUACAGACAUUCAAUCUGCCUCGUGAUAAUUGGCUAAUAUUAGCAUGCUAACAUGCUAAACUAAACAUUAUACCUAAAACCAGAACCUAGUGGCUCCAACCAGUUAUUAUUAGCAAUACCAGUUGAUAGCAUCACGUAGCAACAUGUCCACAGAUGAGACAGAACAAUAAACAGAAUAUUACUUCAGCUGGUUUACUGUUGGGGGAAGCCAUCUUGGAUUUUGAGCUCGAGGUUCGUUGGUUUGAAGUUGAGCUGUCACUGUGUUGAAUAUGAUGAAUAUCGUUAUUAGGGUCUGUGGAUCCCUGAAGGAGAGAACGUGAGGAUCCCAGUAGCCAUCAAAGUUCUCCGAGAGGCCACGUCGCCUAAAGCCAACAAAGAGA